CUCCAGACCGGCGGGCGGCGGCGGCUCGAACUCCUUUUCCUAUUCUUCAUCUUCUUCCCCAAGAAGAAGAAGCAGAGGACUAGAAGAGCACACCACGGGCGAGACUCGACUCCCAAUCUCAAACACAUCGCAUCGUCUUUUCCGCCCGCGCAAUCUAAUCUUCUUCUGCGAGAAAGCGAGCAAUGGCGUCUGCCGCGUCCGACCUCGAUCCCGCCGCGGCGGAGCCCCAAGUAGUCGUCGACGAGGCGGUGCUGGUAGAAGUGGUGGUCGAUACGGAGCCGGCGAAGGGGGAGGCCGCCGAGGAGGAGGAGGAAGGCGAGUGCGGGUUCUGCCUGUACAUGAAGGGCGGGGGCUGCAAGGAGGCGUUCGAGGCGUGGGAGGAGUGCGUGGCGGCGGCGGAGAAGGACGGCUCCGACAUGGUCGAGCGCUGCCUCCAGACCACCGCCAACCUCAAGACGUGCAUGGAGGCCCACUCGGAGUACUACGCCCCCGUCUUCCAGGCCGAGCAGGCCGUCAACGAGGCCGUCGCCGCCGCCAACGCGGAGAAGAACAAGGGGGAGGAAUCCGCGCCCUCGCCGGCCACUGAGGAGACGAAGAAGGAAGAAUCUGUUCCCGAGCCUGCUGCAGCCGCUGCUGAUGAGAAGGAAGAAUCUGUUGCCGAGCCCGCUGCUGCUGAUGAGAAGGAAGUCGUGGUUGAGAAGGCUUCUUCCUCCCCAGCUUCCGAGUAGACGAAGAAGGAGGAAGCAGUUGCCGACAAGGUUUGAGAAUCUUUGAGUAACUAACGAUUGGUAGUUCGAUUUUUUUAUCCCGUGGUAUUUUCGUGUUCUGUAUGAAUUAUGAUCUGAUAGAGAUUCGUCAGGCUAAUUUCUGUUCCCUUUUGUGGGAAAUAAGUUUGUUCUCGAAUAAUUGUCUUGCAUGAUGCCAAAUUUACUGAGGAAUUUCUUGAUACUUCUAUAUGAGGUUACAUACUAGAUGCUUGAUGCAUUGACAUUAUAUCA